GGAGGGGCCUCUCAGCAGCAGCUGACCAGGAACAUCAGGCCCAUGCUGUUGCUGGCCCUGGCACCCAGGGCUUGGCUCAGGCUCCCUCAGCUCAAGCCCCUGGCCCUGCCUAGCACCCGGGGAGGUGAGUCCCUACACGUGACGUGCCGGUUCUUGUCAAGGCAGAGCCCUGCAGGGACAGGCAGGCAGGGCCAGCCCCAGGGCCCUGGGCUUCGAACUAGGCUGCUGGUCACGGCCUUGUUUGGUGCUGGGCUGGGUGGGGCCUGGCUGGCUGCAAGGGCUAAGAAGGAGCAGUGGCGCCAGCAGCAGCGGACAGAAGCCCUGCGCCAGGCAGCUGUGGGCCAGGGCGACUUCAGCCUGCUGGACCACCAGGGCCAUGCUCGCUGCAAAGCCGACUUCCGGGGCCAGUGGGUACUGAUGUACUUCGGCUUCACACACUGCCCCGACAUCUGCCCAGACGAGCUGGAGAAGCUGGUGCAGGUGGUACGGCAGCUGGAGGCUGAGCCUGGCCUGCCCCCCGUGCAGCCCGUCUUCAUUACCGUGGACCCUGAGCGGGACAAUGUCGAGGCCAUGGCCCGCUAUGUGCAGGACUUCCACCCGAGGCUGCUGGGCCUGACCGGCUCUGCUGAGCAGGUCGCCCAGGUUAGCCGCAGCUACCGCGUAUACUACAGCGCUGGCCCCAAGGACGAAGACCAGGAUUACAUCGUGGACCACUCCAUCGCCAUCUACCUGCUCAGCCCCGACGGUCUCUUCACAGACUACUACGGCCGGGCCAGGUCAGCUGAGCAGAUUGCAGACAGCGUGCGGCGCCACAUGGCCACCUUCCGCAGCGUCCUGCACUGACCCGCAUUAAAGAGGGUGCUGUG